AUGUCCGCAAACGAUGCCAUCCAAGAUGAAGUCACCUCGCUCAACGCUAUCUUUGACGAAGGAACCCUAUCGGCCCUAGAUGAAGACGCAAGAUUAUAUAGUCUGCGACUACCUUCGCUGCCAUCGAUAACACUCCGCAUAGAAUUUCCUGCAGACUAUCCGGACGCACCACCAUCAGUGCUAGGCACACAGAGCGUGGGCCAGGAUGUACCCAAGGGCAUGGGUAGCCGUGCUGUCGAUAUUGUAAGAGAAGUUCUGGCAAAGGUCUACCAACCGGGCGAAGCAUGUAUCUACGACCUACUCGAAGAAGCAAGAGAAGCCUUGGAGCAAGCAGAACAACAAGGAGAUAUCCAACUACACGAUCAACAUGAGGACCAUUACGUCGAAGAUGAGGAUGCUUCCCACACCAUACCUGAUCCAACCGUCGAUUUAGGACCGGAACCACCAUGGAUCGUAGCACCUGCACUUACCGAGAAGAAAUCAGUCUUCUUAGCCCGCGUAGCACCAGUAUCAUCGCCUGCUCAAGCCAGACAGUAUGUUGCGCAUCUCCUAGCGACAGACAAAAAGGCUGCUCGCGCGACUCAUAACAUGACUGCCUGGCGGAUCAAAGGCCCCAACGAUACAAGCUAUCAAGACUGCGACGAUGAUGGCGAGACUGCCGCCGGAUCUCGCAUGUUGCACCUGAUGCAACUAAUGGACGUUUGGAACGUUAUGGUUAUUGUCACAAGAUGGUAUGGUGGCAUACUUUUAGGUCCCGACCGCUUUCGCAUCAUCAACACCGCGGCAAGAGAGGCCUUGGUGCUAGGCGGCUUUACGAAGGAGGGUAAAGAGGGUGACACAAAGAAGAAAGGGAAGAAAUAA